GCACAAGCAUUUCUCUCUUCAGUGGAGAAACAUGACAUUCAAUAGAAUAAAAAGACUUUAUCACUAUCUGGUUAUAUUGUGGAUUACUCUACUCGUUGAACCAUCGAAAUCUACAAAUAUUUGUAACGCUAACCGUUUAUACGAAUGCUAUUGUUUCAAGUGCAAGUGGCCGAAUUGUUGCAAUUCUGAAAACUUGGGUGAUAUUAAAAGGAGAUAUAUUGAAUUUUCAUUAAAGACAAAUUCCAAUCAAUUCAAUACAGACUUAGAGAGAAAAUGGCAAUAUUCAAUAGCAAAAUCAAUUCAAAAUGAUUGUAAUUGCACAAGAAAUUUAGAGAUAGUUAGUGUAUUCGUUAAUGAGGAUUUUUAUCGAGUAGUUAUAUUAUCAGAUUUUUCUCAACAACAACUUUUAAACUCUUUGAAUAAGACAGUAUUCCCUGAUUUCUCUCUGGUUAUAAAGAAUAGCCCGCAUCCUCAAAAUUCCAAAUCAACAACCUCCUCUAAAUAUGAUUUUACAGUUAGAGAAUGGCUGGGUUUUGUAUUUUCCGGUAUAUUUUCAAUAAUAUUUAUCAUUUCUUACUUCGUAUCCUGUACUAAAGCUUGCUUAGAUCGUCAUCGUAUUAAAAAAAUCAGAUGGGAAAGGAAAGAAGCUAGAGAAAAAGCAAGAGAAAUUGUUCGAGCACAACGUAAUAAAAAAGAAAAUUUAAUGAUUAAUGAAGACAAUGAUGCUCAGGUAAAACAAACCAAUGAAGGUUUUGUUGUUGAGAAAAAGUUGAAUGGUAUGGAAAGUGAAAUUGUUAUUAAAUCAGAAAACGAAUUAACAAACUCCAACGGAUUUAUCGGUAGGAAACCUCUUACUCGUUUUUCAUCGUUUGGCUCAUCAAAACAGACGAACAAUAACAGACAAUUAAGUAUAACUAAGAAUCAUUCUUUAGAUAGUACAAUCAAAAGUGAAAACGGGGAAAAUUUAACUGGUGCAUUUGACAAUCAUUCAUUUGUAAAUGAUACAUCGGAUAAGGCCAAUUAUGCAGGAGGUUUUGUUUGAAAAGAAAUCUUCAGAAAAUUUUGUUAGAAACUUCUUUGUACAUUACUUUUUUCAUUCCUAGAAAACUUUUAUUUUCUCCUUUUUUAUCCUUUUUGAAGAAUAAAUAUUAUAUUAAAAUA